AUGUCAAACACCCGUCGCGGGGCGGGAAAGUCGCUCAAAGGCCUAGCUAAGCAAAGCAAGGUCCACUAUGGCCGCCCUGGCCUUUCCAACUUGACUUCGAAGUCGUCUUCUGCCACUGUUCCACUGAACAAAACAGCUUCUCAACGUGCUGAGGCUAAACGUCUGUAUCAUCAGCAGUUGGAAGGUCUCAGUUACGUUCAGCGCGAGGACAUUGUCGGGUCGGGCCCAGAAAUUGAAGAUGUCGACAUGAUCGAUGCCACUACAGCCUCGCUUAGCGCGGACUGGGAGGAUUGGGAGGAUUCCGGUGUCCUGUACCAGACACUCCCCCCUGGCGAAGAAGGAUCGUUACACAGUCAUGCAGGUGGAGAGCGUCUAUGGCAUGGGAUGAUGGAUAACAUGCGAUCAGGACGAGGAGAUUCCCGCAUCCGGAGCGAUCGUAUUCUACGCCAGAAUGAGUCCUGGAAUGCACAAAUGCCGCAGCUUGCAGACGCUUAUCUGCAUUUCAAGGCAAACGACACUGGCAACACUGACAGUGAAGCAAUACGAGGAGGAUGGCCACUCCGUGGUCUAGGUCUCGAAGCUGAAGUGGAUCUCUUCAAGGAUGAAGUCCGAAACUCUGAGCGUGCUCAUAACGGAUCUCUUCGUGCAGGCUCAGAUGUCAGUAUCCCAGAUGCGGAUCACAGUGGUUCUGUGACUUCCGACACAGCACCAGGAGCCUUUAAAUCCAAUUUGAAUGGUGCAGAUCGUGACGAAGUUGCAUGGCUCAAUGUGAACGAGCUCGAGGAAUCAGAUGCCCAAAAGCUCGAGCAAAGCAUCAGUGUCGGCGAAUUGAUGAAAUACCCACUUGCUCUGGUCUCUUAUCUUUUGGACACCUACGGCGCAAAUAUUGGACUGGGUUACGACAUUAUGUGCGCCUUCUUCAAAACGUUACUCCGAAGUUCCUUGGGUGCCAAGGCUGUUGCUAUGGGACUCAGUGGAAUCGUCCCAGCUUUUCACGGACAUGCUCAUAACCGGGAGUGUCAGCUGGGUUGGCACCCAAUGUACCAUGAAGGUGUUGGCUUAGAGGAUUUCGAAGAGUGUGAACGGACUUUCUGCCAAUCCAAUCAGCUGGCCAGCAGCACAAGACUUGCAACCCCCUUCCAUCGUCAGCAGCAAAUUGAUGAACAUUUUUUCUUCCAUGAUCUCGACAAGAACGCAUCGAUAGGCAGUUUUAUUUUCCAGAACUACCGGCAAGCCAUCGAGAAGAUCGCUGCAAAUACGGUCCAGUUACGCAUCCUGGAGGAUGAGCUGCAAACAAAUGCUUCAGACUAUGAGCAAGACUUGAAGGACGAGCUGACGCACCUGCAAGGACUCAAGCACGAGUCGGAAGAGAUGAUUCAAUUGAUCGACUACAUGGAAUUACUCGGCAAGCUUUCGAAAGCUAAAGAUGCCUCGGUAUCUGCCGCAGCAGAUUAUCACAAUCUGGACCGCCUCAUCAUAGAGAAUGGGAUCAAGGCCCCACGGAUAGCUAGCAUCCGGGCACGCUACCGAACUUCCCACACUCAUCAUCUACUUGUGGAAGAGGAGGUUGCGCGCUUCGAAGUCGAGAAAGGAAUUGAGAAGCGCUGGGAUCAAAGCUCACCGGAAUAUAAACAGACACUAAGAUAUAAGUUACGCGAUAAGAUUAGCAAAGCGUUGCGAUCUCGGGCCGAUGCCAUUCAGCGUGCCUUGAGCGAUUUGAAUGCUGCUGGGGCCCGGUUGACACCGGCCCGGAAACCUAUCGCAUGGGCCGACAUUGUUCACACAGCUUCUCUUGCGGAGUUCGAUCUUCUUCGAGAGACCCGUGCAGAUAUCAGAAAUCUUCCCUGGACCCAGCCAUUGCGACGAGAAGCUGCCUCGUUGUAUUUCGGGAUCAAGCGCGCAGAGGAAGAGAUUAUACGGCUCAACGUUGAGAUCAAGCGGGUGAUCACUGCUAUGCUGGAUGAGCAUGUUGAUCUCUACAGAGCAAUCACGUCUCAUCUGGUUGUGCAGCCCAACCUGGCUCGUGAACUCUCACGCCAAUCUACAUCACCUGUCAAUUGCUUCGGUUUCUCUCCCACUUUCAUGUCAACUGCAAAUAUUCAUCUCCCACCUCCACCGACACGAGAUGGAGUGCCUGAGUCUAUUCCCUCACUCCAUGCCUCUACACUCACCCCUCUUGGGGUGCACAAUGUACGACGCUAUAUGCUCAGCUGCCCUCUUACCCCGAAUGUAUUCUCGCGUCUUGAAUCACGCUUCAAAGCAAGUGAUAUGGCCUUCAUCUGUGCUGGAGCCAGUAGCGAUGGCCAACAUCGCAUCAACCCGAAUCGGUUCCAUCCCGAGUUUCUUGAGCUGUAUGACAGUCUCCCAACAGGCGCUCCAGGGCAGACAGCUCGGAGGGAGUUUUCUGGGGACCUGAUGAAUCUCCUCUUUGACGUGGCUACCAAGUGGGAUCGAUGCACGGGCGGCACAACAUUUGUAUUCCACGUCGCUGGGACCACCAUUCCAGGUCUGCCCGUCGUCCCGGAGCGUCUCAAAGCUGAUGUCUACAUACCGCCCCACUUCCUUGCGGAGAAUCCGGGUGCGCAUGCCGAUAUAGCUUUCUUAGUCCAAACUUUCCUUGAACGCGUUGGGGUACCCACGGUGAAUAGCUGGAGAAGGCGUGCAGUACAAAUGUGGAGUCUUUCGCAGCAAGGACAUAUCCCACCCAUCUCUCUCCCGACUGCUCUUAUCCCUAAUCCAGUCACUCAACGCUCUAGUUCAUAUACGUUCCGUGGCCGCCCCGCUAACAGUCUCAUGUUGACUGCGAUGGUUUCGAGUUCAUCGGCGUCGGGAACACCUUUGUCUCCGGGAUUGUCGACUCCUCGAGUGCCGGUGUGGGAUAUCGAUGAGCUGACGUAUCCAGUGGUCAUCAAAGAGCAGCAAGAGGAGAUCGAGGAGAAGACGGGACUCAUUGGGGCGCUGACGGCACGUAUAGAUGACCUACAAGAGAUAAUUGAUGCGUUGCGCGAGUCGAUCAACCAAGUGGAAGAUGAAGCUCAACGGCAGCGUGCAGAGAUCACUGUGCUUUGCAGCCAGGUGGAGGCGCUUUCGGCAGAAGUUAUUAGGCUUGGUGGCUCAGCAGGAUGUGACCCAGCGUCCACUUGUCCACCCGCAUACACAUCACUGUCCGAGGCCUCGUCAGCAUUGCCUCAUGGACCACCGUCUCACACUCCAUCCCGAUCAAUGCCGUCUCAAUCGCGACUGCCUCCCAGGAUACGAGCCGCUGCUCCAAUCAGUACCCACGGCCGGUUCUUGGCAACCGAUUCUCGGCCUCUACCCCGCGUGAACAUUGUUCUGCAGCAGCAUGAUCUUAUGCAUCUACGUGAAGCAGUUGGGUUUGUUGCAGAGUUAGCUGAGCCAGCCUCGUGGAGCACGUACUUGCAGAGGCUGCAUCUCUCUGAAGCAGUACUGGCACAACUUCUGGAUGCGUUAGAUCAUGACAUUUGACUCACACUAUCGUGAAUAUGAAUACUGUUCAGACUGAGUUAUGAUAACCACGCGCG